AGUCUCAGUUUAUUUGGUACACUCGGGAAGAUGGCGGACAAAGAGAAUCUAUCCGUUGUUUUGCAUGGAAUAGACGACCUGAGAAUUGAGCCACGUCCAGUCAUUCCACCAGCUAAAGGAGAGGUUCAACUAUCAAUGCAGACUGUUGGUAUCUGUGGCUCUGAUGUUCACUACUGGAAGGCAGGUAGAAUUGGUGACUUUAUAGUUAAAGCUCCUAUGGUAGUAGGCCAUGAACCUACUGGGAUAGUAUCAGCAGUUGGAGAAGGAGUAACGCACCUGAAAAUAGGUGACCGUGUGGCCAUUGAGCCUGGAGUACCCUGUAGAACAUGCUCCUUUUGUAAGAAAGGACAGUACAAUCUUUGUCCUGACAUGUCAUUUUGUGCAACUCCACCUGUUGAUGGCUGUCUUUGUAGAACAUACAACCAUGCUGCAGACUUUUGCUUCAAGUUACCAGACAAUGUGACCUUUGAAGAGGGCUCUCUACUUGAACCUCUGUCAGUUGCUGUUCAUGCGUGUCGUAGGGCUGGCAUUACUAUGGGUGAUAAAGUGCUAGUACUGGGAGCAGGUCCUAUUGGUCUGGUAAAUCUUCUUACUGCAAAAGCUUGUGGAGCCAGCAAAGUUGUUGUAACUGACAUCAAUGAAAGUCGUCUUGCUAAAGCAAAGGAGCUUGGUGCUGAUUAUAUCAUCAAAGUAGAAAGCAAAGAYGGUAAAGAAGUUGCUAAGAAGGUCAUAGAAGUGAUGGGUCAGGCUGACAAAACCCUUGAAUGUACAGGAGUUGAGUCUAGUGUACACACUGGGAUUUAUGCAAYAAAAUCAGGUGGUGUGUUGGUUAUAAUAGGAAUGGGUAAAGCUGAGCUUAACUUACCUAUUGUAGAAGCCUUAGUACGCGAGGUUGACAUCAGAGGAAUUUUCCGUUAUGCAAACUGUUAYCCUGCUGCCCUKGCAUUGAUUGCUUCUGGCAAAGUUAAUGUGAAACCUCUUGUCACACAUCAUUUUAAACUGGAAGAAUCAGUGCAGGCUUUUGAAACAUCAAGGACUGGUGCUGGUGGAGCMAUCAAAGUCAUGAUACACUGUGACCAGUAGCAAAUCAUAUUCCUUUGGUCAAUAUCAAAAAAAAUGGUCACCAGAAAUAUUCUAUUAUGGUUAAUAUCUAGUGAAGUGCUUUUCACAAACCCUUGAAAUGCACUUGAGGCUGUUAUUCUUAAUCARUUUUUUUUUACAUUUUCAUUACCACACUUUGAUUGAUGKGUUCAUAAAACCACUCUUAACUAGCUYUGGUUGCUAUUGGUGACAUGACUGUCAUAUUAUUAUUAUUUWUUU